AUGUUGAUCAGAUAGUCAGUACAAUAAUUUAGGAAGAUUAAUGAUUUUGAUCACUUUGAGAGAGUAAUAAACUAUCAUCAGCUAAAUGACACAGGGAGAUAAUUUGUCGAGAAAUUCAUCCUUGAAAAGAUUGGAGAUUUAGACAACAAGAAUGCUAGAGUUGCUAGAGAAUGGCUAAGAUGGUAGAUUGAUGAUGAUUAUAUAUUUUAUGCACAAGAUGACCAAGUAAAUUGCGCAGUUAUGACUCCAGUGCUAAGAGCCAAGAAAUUCUGGGAUAAAAAAGAGUUUGACUGGGUUGAUGAGUUCGUAUCCUAUCAAGAUGUAUUUAUCAAGGAGAUGGAGUCUCUUUACAAUUAAUAGAAAUUCAGUAAAAAUGGGUUGUAUGUUGAAUUCUUACCUAAUGGAACUUAAGUUGAAAGAAACAUCGGAAUAGAAUAUCAAGGGGCUUGGAAUGUGUUUUAAUUCCUUACAAGAGGAUAUUAAGAUGAUACUGCACAAUUAUUAGUACCUGAAACAGUUAAAAUACUAAGAAGCAAGGUUAAACGUUUUAGAGAGCAUGCUACUUAUUCUUAUACCACUCCAAAUUCUCAUAUUGAGGCACAUAAUGGUGAGGACAACAAACGACUAAGGGUGAUUUUGCCAUUGAUAGGAACUGAGGGUUCUAGAAUGAGAGUUUCUGAUGAAUGGGUUUAUCAUCAAGCAGGAAAUUUGUUUAUUUUUGAUGAUUCUUUCGAGCAUGAAGUUUGGAAUGAAGGUAAUUCUACAAGGCUUAUACUUAUUAUUGAUAUCUGGCAUCCGGAUCUAUCAGACGAAGAAAUUUAAUUUUAUGAUGUACUCGAGAAAGAAUCUUAUAAAAUGGGCCUAAUUUAGAGAUAUUAUGAUAAAGGAAUUGAUUUGGAUGAGCAGGAAAGAAUUAUUAGUGAACUGGCUACAAAUAUGACAGAGCCAACGGCAGAAUAUGAAUAAAACAUUUUAACCUCUGACAAAACAGUUUAUAGUGAUACUGCCAAUGCAGAUAGUUGCAAGUAGAAUGAAAUAGACAAACUACAAGACCUAUGA